AUGCGUAAAACUGGACAUCUGAAUAUGCACUCUCUCUUUGCUCUGUGGCUCGCGGCGCUUCAGGGAUGUCGACCAGCGGAUGCUGCUCCAAACGCAUCUCCUCUACAAGGUUCCAACUGGGGGAACCCGCGGAGAUAUAUUCACUUACAAACAACCACUGACCUACACAACUUUUAUUUAGAGAUCACUCUCAAUGGACUAGUGCGCAAAACUACUAAUCGGGGUUCAUACAGUGUGAUUCUAUUGAAAGCCGAGACCAGGGACCGUAUAGCAAUAUUUGGAGUAAAAAGCAACCGAUUCCUGUGCAUGGACGGAGAAGGGAGUCUUUUUACAUCUACGGUUUGCAACAGGGAUGACUGUCUUUUCUAUCACAAGCUUUUGGAGAACCACCGUGACAUCUACUAUUCCACCAAGAACGGUAUAUUGCUCAACUUGGAUGGUAAAAGGCAGAUGUAUUCAGCAGGUCAAAACCUCGCUCAGUCGUCGAUCUUCCUAUCAGAGAAGAAUACAAUUCCACUAGAGCGCCUUCAACACAGAGAAAGGAGGAACCGACAGGUCGAUCCCUCAGAUCCCCUUAGCGCACUCCGAUUUGGAGAGGACGCAGACUCACGUGCCGUACAGGAGGACGACACAGACCAAGAUGUUGAUCCCUCAGAAGAUCGCAACAUCUCCAGAGAAACUCUCAUCUUGCCUUCUGAUGAUGACCCAUGGGACCUGAUCCAAUCUAGGAACCCCAGCAGUCCCCGUAUCUCGGGAACCGUUGGCUAA